GGGGCGGGGCCGGGGGCGGGGUGUUGGGGGCAUGACUCUGCUCCAGAAUCAGAUGCCUUAACCUCCUGCCAGAAGUGAGCGGAGAGGCAGUAGGUGCUGGCCGCAGUUCUGUUGGCUGAGGUGGUGAGUUUGCAUAGCCUUGGGCUAUCAGCCAAAUUUCCUCAGCAGCAAAUGCAGUUUGCAGGCCAACAGGACGCUCAGAGACAGAGUGGGAGCGCCUUUAGGCCAGCCACGCUGCCAUCUCCAACUCUACCCCCUCCUAUACCUCGUCCUCUUCCUUCAGUCUCCUUGGAGAAGCAGCGGACUGAGCUACGCCCCAGAACCCAAGAUGCAGCCUCCAAGAGUCACCCAAACGUUGCAGCUCCAGGCCUCCUGGCUCUGACCGGUGGGUCUUACCGCCUCACUGCUGCUCUCACUCCAGGCCACCGCCAAGCUAGGCAGAAAACAGCCCAGUCGUCUCUGGUAUCUCUGAAGCCAUCUGUCAGCGCUAAGCCCCGCCAAACAAGGCAGGGAGAGAAGAGGUUGGAGGCCACUAUGGAACCUUACCGCCGGGAGCUGCUCGGCCUGUGGCAGCAGAGUCUGGCCCAGGCCAUGACGGAGGUAGAGGCCAUGUUCAGAAGCAGAAAGAGAGCUGUGCCUAGACAAAUGGCAGCGGCUGGAGGGGGAGGCAGGAGGCCCCAAGGAGAAGCUGCUGCUCCAGGUUCCCAUGGCCCAGGAGCAGGACCACUUCCAGGACCUGCGCUCUUCACUGAAGAAAAUGCAGGUUCGCCUGCUGCCCGCUCUUUAACUGAAGGCUACUAUCUGGCUGCCACAGUCCACAAAGGACACGGGUGUGAGAAAGUCCAGCAUGAACUCAGACAGGCCACUGACCAGGACCAGAGGCUCCUGCAGACAGAGCUGCUGCAGAAGGAGCAAUGAACACCCAGCACCCCUGAGAGACCUGAGGAAGACAAGGGAAAACAGACAACUUGAAUUCAUGACAGACUUCAAUCUAGGAACAAGGCCUCCUCAAAAAAGCCACCUCCUUGUAGCUGAGAACUCAACAGUCAGAUGUCACCCACCCCCAGAGCAGAGGGUCCUCUCUCAGUUGGUGCUGAAGCUGACUCCGUGUCACCCAUGAGAGUUGCUGAAGAGAGCGCCCUGCAGUGAGGACGACCUCCAUCUCUCUUGGCAGUCACUUGACCGUCAAUAAUAAUAAUAAUAGUAAUAAUAAUGAUAAUGAUAAUAAUAGUAAUAAUAAUGAUAAUGAUAAUAAUAGUAAUAAUAAUAAUAGUAAUAAUAAUGAUAAUGAUAAUAAUAGUAAUAAUAUUGGAUUUUACUGUUUCACAGCCUGGACUGAGAAAGGAUUUAAACAGAAUGAAUCACCUUUGAUGUUGUCGGGCAGGCAGAUGUUCCAUAUCAAGCAGAUGACCUUCAGACAUUUAUCUCCUUUGGAUAGAAAGGUUUGAGCAGAGGAAAUGCUGUGCCACAGGUAGCACUGGGGAGGGCUUCAGAGGGUUGCUGGGCACAGCCAGAGCUGCUGGCAUCCAGGAGUCUGAGAGUGUAAAUUAACACUAUCCUGAAGGAUCCUCUGGGUUACUUUAGUAGAGAUGAGUAAAAUGAAUUAGAAAGACUUUGAACAAAAGCCUGAAACGGUCUCAUCCUUGGCCUUGGCAGGGCUUGGUCUUCAAAGCCCCUAGAGGCGUGGCCAUACUUGAUAGGCUAUUACAAUGUGUGCCCUAGGCCAGCAGAGCGGUAGGUCUUGCUACAACCUAACACGUUUUUAAUCAAAUUUGUAUCAAUUUUCUAGCUUGGUUAUUAUUUUCGUUGGGGGCUUUGUUUUGUUUCAAGGUUUUAAUCAAUGUAAUUGCUUUUGUCCUUGUCAUUGAUUCUCUACUUCGCUAAAGCUAUACACUGUAUAUAAUUGCUGUUCGUAAGCCCCUGUUGAGUGAAAUGACUAUUUUCAUGAAUAAAAAAGUGAUUUUCCCA